GGCACUUGUGAGAGGCGAAAGUGCUUUUGUUGGUGUUUUCCAAUAAAACUGGUUCUAAAUAAAUAUUCCUAAAUUACACAGCAAUUUGUUAUAAGUUGUGAUGGGUUCAUGUGUGCGUGUUUUCGGCAAAUAUGUCGUUAAAUGAAAAGAAAAGAAUAUAACAUAUUUCGCAACAAUUGUAGUUGAUCGGAUAACGCGGUGUUUCUGGUUAUUUUACACGUGUGAUUUUUAGUAGAGAUGCCGGCAUCAACCGUGGAUCCCGUUAAUGCUGCCCUCCGAACAGCAUUAUCAAAAAAUGAAUCCACCGAAAAUAACUUAGACAUACAAUUAGCGGGAUCUUCGAAGAAAGCCUUGCUGUCCAAUAUCGAGUUCGAGUCGGCUGGAAGCUAUCAUAAUACUGUCCUGGACAGGCUAAAAUCGAAAUAUAUAGUGCUUCGAAGUCCCGAAUCACCACCUCCAAGUAAACCUGAAGAUGACAUGAACUCCAAUGAAUCCUUAAAACUAGCAAAAUAUGAACUGUUUCCACUGAGUGAUGUACAACUUGGUUGGAAUAACUGCGAUUGGUCUGUUGGUGCUGGAAUGGUGAAUAUGGGAAAUACCUGUUAUUUAAAUUCUACUCUACAAGCUCUCUUUCAUGUACCCGCUUUUGUUAAUUGGUUGAUGUCAGACAAAGACCAUACUGCUAUCUGUCAAGAUUCAGGAGGUCUCUGUAUAAUCUGUGCGAUGCGCAAAACUCUUCAAGACUCGCAACAACGUAACGCCAACUCGAUCCGUCCAUUGUUGAUCUACAACAAAUUGAGAUUGGUGUGUCGAAAUCUAAUACCCGGUCGACAGGAAGACGCCCACGAGUUCUUGAGAUAUCUAGUCGAAGCUAUGGAGAAAGCAUACUUGAGUCGAUUCAACAAUUACACCGAAUUCGACUCGAAAGUAAAAGAAACCACCCCUCUGAAUCAGAUUCUCGGGGGGUACUUGAGGUCGGCGGUGAGAUGCCUGAAGUGCGGCCAUGUCAGUACGACGUUUCAGCAUUUUCAGGAUUUAUUGUUAGAUAUAAGAAAAGCCCAAACGUUGGACGAAGCUCUAGAAUUGUACUUUUCUAGAGAGAAGCUUGAUGACGAAUCUUAUCAGUGUGAAUCUUGUCAGAAAAAGGUACUGGCCACAAAGCAGUUUUCAAUAGAAAGGACGCCGAUGGUGCUUUGCAUUCAACUAAAACGAUUUUCAGUUAGUAACAAUAAAAUAACCAAACACAUCAACUUUAGACAAAGACUGGAUCUCACGAAGUACGCGAGACAUCGCCCUAACGUUCCUCUGAUAUACAGGCUAGUGGCGUUGGUGACGCACAUGGGCCCUACUGUCAGUUGCGGUCAUUACACGGCUGUCGCGCAGGCACCUUCAGGAAAUUUCUUUCAAUUCGAUGAUAGUAUGGUUAGACCAAUAUCCCACCAAGCUGUGUUCAAUACCAACGCAUAUAUUAUGCUAUAUGAGUUGGAAUCCUCCCCCUACUCACAGAAAUCUGCCCCUGCCACGGUAACUAGCAAACUCAAGACUUCAACCCCAACUGCCGAAGCCAGUUCAGUGGCUUGUUCCUCGAAUUCCACCACCGUAAAUUCGGCGAACGCCUCAACCAAGUCGUUCGCCAACGGUAUUGGGUUUACGAGCGGGAAGGUUUAUGGUCCAGAACUGCCCCCGGAGAGAAUAGAGAAUAGUCGAAAUGGAUAUGUGACAAGCAGUAAUGGUAAAGGUGAAUCUGACAGCAGUACAUCUAGCUCAAGCGAAGAUUCAGACGCUGAUCAGGUCAUUGAGAAGCCAGUUAGUGAUAAUAGUAGUAGUAAUAGUAAAACAAUUAAAAGUGGUGUAUCUAAAGAAAAAGACAAUGAUAUUAGUUCUACUUGUGACGAACCCGGACCUUCUUCCGCGUCUUCGCAGAGAAAGGAGUCUCCUCCGUCAUCGCCUAAUGUUUCAACUAGCAUUUCGAGUUUGUCCAGCCCUGAAGUAACGCCUAAGAAAGAUUCUUCAUUGAGUCCAGUGUCGUCCUCGAAACAAAAAAGCAAAGAGAGUCCUUCGAAAUCGCAGAUAUCCAAACCGCUGGUACCAUACGAAUCGGACGAUACCAGUUCUUCAGAAGACUCGAAUCAAUCGCCCAAUGAGUUGGGCUCAAGGGUAUCAACGAAAGCGGCCGUGGGCGAAUGGCAGGUGACCUCUUCGACUGACGUAGACCAAGAACCUUCCAAAGGCAACGGUUGGAAGUCCAAGAAGGAGAAUGGACAAGGAAAUCAGGGUAAUAGUAAGGUGGUAACUGAACUGUUCAGACUGUCACACAGCGGUUAUUCGGCCCCAGUUUCUUCGUGGAACGGUUCCAGAUCUCAGCUCGAUAAAGAGGUUCAAAAUGAAAGGCGCGAGGACAGGAAGAGGGGAUUAGCGGAUAGUUCGGAUCAGGGUCGAACGAAACACAUCAAACUCGGAUCUACUUUUAAGUCAAAUCCAGGAUAUAAUCCUGUUCAAGAAUACCAUAACGCAAAAAACUGGAACCACAACAACGGUGGCGGGGGAAACUAUAAAUCCUUCUACAAUGGCAACAGACACCGGCGCAUGUUCCACCACAAGAACUUUCACAAAAACUACCGCUAUAGACAGUGAUGGCAAACUCAACUGCCUUGUGAAGUUUUAGGCUAGUGUAUAUUUCUGUAUAUUUUAAUUUUUAAUCUUUUUCGUGAGAAUAUGUACGGAAUAAUUGUUGUAUACGUGCGUUUUAAUUGUGACAUUUAAAAUAGAUAAUACUCGACGGGAAAACAUCGACUAAGUUUGAUGGAAAGAAGUCAUUUCUUUUUUUAAGUAGUAGAUCGGAAAUGAUGAUUUUAUUGCAAUUAUGUUUAUAAAAUAACUAUACUAGUUGGAUUUUAUGUAUGUUCACGUAUAUUCUGAUCAAAUGAAGAGAAUGUAUAAUUUUAAAUGGUGUUUAUUUUAUUCGUUAUAAUAGUGAUAAAAAAUAUUUGUAUUGGUAACUUCCUAUUAAAUCUGUUGCACGUCAUCUUAUUAGACGUUGUCAUUUUCGCAUAGCGUUGCCGUAUUGUCUG